UUGCGUCAGCGCCCGAAGUUAUUCACGCGCACGCACGUGAUCGGGCAAGUCGUGAACGCGCUCCUUGCUUGUGGAAGGUGAGUGAAUGUCUCGAGGAGAGGAAUCGAGAACGCGGCUGCCGGGAUCGAUUGGAUUAAACUUGAAGUGAAAUUAACACAAAGGAGAGAGUCAGCGAGGACGGGACACAGAGACACUGAAACGAACAUCUACUGAAUCUGUAUAUUUAGAUAACUACGAAAACAAAAUAUAUUGCUGGAGAUAUAUACUAACUACACUUUAUUUGAAACAACCCUAAACUGACCCAGCUAGCUAGCUAGCUAAUAACAGGGUGCUGUAGCCUGACUUUGCCUGACACCGUGUUGUCGGACAGAAUUAGGGAAAUAUGGAGUGACAUGCAGGAGAUUAGUUAAGGGAUUAAAGGCUUUGAGGACACACACCUCAGCGGAGGGAGGCCCCCCCGCUCACUCUCGUGUGGCAGGAGGAGGGGGAAAGCGCGGCCAUGGCCGACCCCGGGAUGAUGAGCCUGUUCGGAGACGACGCCGCCCUCUUCUCGGAGGGGCUGGAGGGGCUGGGGGACUGCGGCUACCCGGAGAGCCAGGUGGGCGCCCUCGGGCAGCCGAUGCCCCUGGACCAGGGCUACGGGCCGCUCUCGUCCUCCCUCCACCACCCGCCCCAGGCGCCCCCCGGCCCGGGACAGCCCAAGCUGAGCCACUUCGACCACUUCGGCCAGUACGAGCAGCAGAAGAUGCACCUGAUGGAUCAGCAGCAGGGCGGCCGCAUGCUGGGCAGCGCGCCCGGCAACGGCAUGUCCUCGCCCCACUCGCAGUACCACACCCCCGCCCCGCCGCCCGUGGCCCACGGCGUCUACCCGGGCAUCCAGGGCGAGCGGCACGGCCAGGCCUUCAUGGACGGCGGCUCCAUGUGGGGCCCCAGGGCCGUGCAGGUGCCGGAGCAGGUCCGGCCCCCGUUCCAGCAGCAGCAGCCGCAGCCCCAGCAGCAGCCGCAGCAGGGCCCCCCGUCGCAGCAGGCGGGCCCCGCCGGGCCCCAAGGACACAUGCAGGCGAUGGGCCCCUACAUGGCCCGCGGGGACUACUCCAUGCAGACGCACAACCAGGCGCCCACGCCUCCCCGAAUGAACCAGUUCUCCCAGGUCCCGCAACAGGAAGGAGGCCGGGGGCCAACAGGCAACCACUUCAUGGGCCACAUGGGCCCCCAGCAGGCCGCCAACAUGGUGGGGCCCGCCAUGCGUCAGCAGCAGCAGCAGCAGCAGCAGUUCCACCACAGGCCUGUGCCGGGCUCCAUGCACCCGGAGGGCAUGGUGCACAACCCCCGCUUCUCCCCCAGCCCCGCCCAGCAGCAGCAGCAGCAGCCUCCGCAGCAACAGCAGCCGCAGCAGCAGCCGCAGGCGACGGGGAGGCCCCAGCAGAGCAUGGGCUACAACCCGCGCAACCCGCAGGUCCCUCCCGGCGCCGUCAACAACUCAGGGCCGUACCCUCCCUACUCCCCCUACGGCGGCCUCAACCAGGGGCUGGUGAGCAUGAGCCCCAUGGGCCAGGUGGCGCGCUACCCCAGCGCCGGCUUCCCCCAGCCGGGGCCGCAGGGGAUCCUGCACCAGCAGCCGCUCCACGUGAACCAAAUCAACUCCCAAGCUAUGCACCCCUCCCAGCAGCAGUCCCCAGCCAAGCAGCAGCAGCAGCAGCAGCCACCUCAGCAGCAGCCGCCGCCGCCGCCUCAGGGUCCCUACGGCUCUCCCUCCCCCAUGUCCCCCCUCAAGGCCCUGAGCAACCCGGCCGGCACGCCCCCCCCUCAGCAGGGCCGCCCGGCCGGCCCCGGCAUGGCCAUGGAGGUGGGCGGCUACGCGGGCAUGCCCCACCAGCCGGCGGGGCCCAUGGGCCUGGGGCAGAGGAGCAUGGGCCCCCGCGGACUGGCCCCCCAACAGCAACCGCACCAACCGCAGCAGCAGCCGCAGCAGCAGCAGCCAGCCCAUCCGCAGGGCUACAUGGGGCUGUCGCCCAACCAAAGGGACCUGGCCGGGCCCCUGAGGGCCCCACCGGCGGGGCUCGCGGGGAACCACGGGGACCCGCAGGCCAUGCUGGCCGGGCCCCCCCAGCAGGCUCAGCACGGGGGCCAGGCGCUGCCGCCCCAGCUGCCCUUCCAGAAGCAGCAGCAGCUACAGCAGCAGCAGCAGCAGCAGCAGCGCUCCCCCAUGCCGCAGCCCCCUGCGCCCACGCAGCCGCUGCUCUCCAUGCGCCACCAGAGCUCCCCGCCCCCGCACCCUCACCACCAGCCGUGGGCAGCGCAGCGCCAGUCCCCGCCCACCACCCAGAAAGUGCCUGUUCAACAGCCCCCUCCAUCAGACCCGUCAGUGGAAAUGGCCGUAUCUGACAAGCCUCCGGCGACAGGCCCCAACUCCCAGCCACUCAACUGUGACCAUCAGCAGGCCGAGGGCGAGCAGAAGCCAAAAAAGAAGAAGAAGAAGAAGGCGAAGGCGAGUCCCGAGGAGGCCAAGGACGAGGCCCCGGGGGACGGUCAGGAGGGGGGUCGGCCGGGGCCCCUCAAGAGCUCCGCGGACGAGCCGUCCUCCGAGGAGAAGAAGAAGAAGAAGAAGCCAAAAGAGAAGAAGGAACCCAAGGAGCCGAAGGCCCCGAAGACGCCCAAGACGCCCAAGGCCCCUAAAGAGCCCAAGGAGAAGAAGGCGAAGGCCAGCACUCCCAAGCCCAAGAGCACCAAGAAGCCCAGCGCGAAGAAGUCGGACACGGAAGCGAGCGCUGCGAAGAAGAAGGAAGUAGUCAAGCGCAAGCGGGAGUCGCCCGACAACUCUGACGCGGAGAGGACGCCCCCCGCCUCGCCGGAGGAGGAGGACGAUCUGGGCGUCCAGAAGAGGCGCUCGAGCCGCCAGGUGAAGAGGAAGCGCUACACGGAGGACCUGGAGUUCAGGAUCUCGGACGACGAGGCCGAGGACGGCGAGGCGGGCGGGCAGAAGUCCCCGUCCACCGCCUCUCAGUCAGAGCAGCAGGAGGCUCCCGACGCAGAGGGCCCCGUGGUGGAGAAAAUCAUGGGCAUGCGCAUGGGAAAGAAGAAGAUGGAGUCCGGCGAGGAAGUGGAAAUAGAAGAAUUUUAUGUGAAGUUCAAGAACUUCUCCUACCUGCACUGUCGCUGGGCAGACCUGGAGGAGCUGGAGAAGGACAAGAGGAUCCAGCAGAAGAUCAAGAGGUUCAAGGCCAAGCAGUCGCUCAACACCUUCCUCACGGAGAUGGAUGAUGAACCCUUCAACCCAGACUAUGUGGAAGUGGAUCGGAUUCUGGAUGUAUCGGAGAGCACUGAUGAAAACGGAGAGCCCGUCUCUCACUACCUGGUGAAGUGGUGCUCCCUGCCCUAUGAAGACAGCACUUGGGAGCUGAAGGCGGACCUGGACCAGGCCAAAGUGGACGAGUUUGAGCGGCUGUCGGCCCUGGAGCCGGCUCUGAAGCACGUGGAGCGACCUCCUGCAAGCGACUGGCAGAAAUCCGAGAGUUCCAGGGAAUAUAAAAAUGGCAACGCACUCAGGGAAUACCAGCUGGAGGGAGUCAAUUGGCUGCUCUUCAACUGGUACAACACACGAAACUGCAUACUGGCGGACGAAAUGGGCCUGGGCAAGACCAUCCAGUCCAUCACGUUCCUCUACGAGAUCUUCUUGAAGGACAUCCGCGGGCCCUUCCUGGUGAUCGCCCCGCUGUCCACCAUCCCCAACUGGGAGCGGGAGUUCCGCACGUGGACCGACCUCAACGUGGUGGUGUACCACGGCAGCCAGGCCAGCCGCCGCACCAUCCAGGCCUACGAGAUGAACUUCAGGGAUUCACAGGGUCGUGUGAUAAAGGGAGCCUACAGAUUCCACGCUGUCAUCACCACGUUUGAGAUGAUCCUGACCGACUGCCCCGAGCUGCGCAACAUCCAGUGGCGGUGCGUGGUCAUCGACGAGGCCCACCGGCUCAAGAACAGGAACUGCAAGCUGCUGGAGGGGCUCAAGAUGAUGGAUAUGGAGCACAAGGUUCUCCUCACCGGGACGCCCCUGCAGAACACGGUGGAGGAGCUCUUCAGCCUGCUCAACUUCCUGGAGCCCGAGAGGUUCCCCUCCGAGGCCACCUUCAUGCAGGAGUUCGGAGACCUGAAGACGGAGGAACAGGUGCAGAAACUGCAGGGCAUCCUGAAGCCCAUGAUGCUGCGCAGGCUGAAGGAGGACGUGGAGAAGAACCUGGCGCCCAAGGAGGAGACCAUCAUCGAGGUGGAGCUCACCAACAUCCAGAAGAAGUACUACCGCGCCAUCCUGGAGAAGAACUUCGCCUUCCUGUCCAAGGGGGGCGCUGGCGGUGGCGGUGGCGGCGGCGGAGGGGGCAACGCCAACGUGCCCAACCUGCUCAACACCAUGAUGGAGCUCCGCAAGUGCUGCAACCACCCGUACCUCAUCAACGGUGCUGAGGAGAAAAUCCUGGAAGAGUUCAGGGAGACUCAUCACUCGGAGUACCCAGAUUUCCACCUCCAGGCGAUGAUCCAGGGCGCCGGGAAGCUGGUGCUGAUCGACAAGCUGCUGCCCAGGCUGAAGGCCGGCGGCCACCGCGUGCUCAUAUUCUCCCAGAUGGUGCGCUGCCUGGACAUCCUGGAGGACUACCUCAUCCAGAGACGGUACCCGUACGAGCGCAUCGACGGCAGGGUGAGGGGGAACCUGCGGCAGGCGGCCAUCGACCGCUUCUCCCGGCCCGAUUCGGACCGCUUCGUCUUCCUGCUCUGCACCAGGGCCGGGGGGCUGGGCAUCAACCUGACCGCCGCCGACACCUGCAUCAUCUUCGACUCGGACUGGAACCCGCAGAACGACCUGCAGGCCCAGGCGCGGUGCCACAGGAUCGGACAGAGCAAGGCGGUGAAGAUCUACCGGCUGAUCACCAGGAACUCGUACGAGAGGGAGAUGUUCGACAAGGCCAGCCUGAAGCUGGGCCUGGACAAGGCCGUGCUGCAGUCCAUGAGCGGCCGCGAGAACGCUGCUAACGGGGUCCAGCAGCUCUCCAAGAAGGAAAUCGAGGACCUGCUCCGCAAGGGGGCCUACGGGGCCCUGAUGGAGGAGGAGGACGAAGGCUCCAAGUUCUGCGAGGAAGACAUCGACCAGAUCCUGCAGAGGCGGACGCAGACCAUCACCAUAGAGACCGAGGGGAAAGGCUCCACCUUCGCCAAGGCCAGCUUCGUCUCCUCCGGCAACAGGACCGACAUCUCCCUGGAAGACCCCGAUUUCUGGCAGAAGUGGGCCAAGAAGGCGGAGCUGGACAUGGACGCCAUUAACGGGCGGAACAACCUGGUGAUCGACACGCCCAGGGUGCGCAAGCAGACGCGCCACUACAGCUCGGUGAAGGAGGACGAGAUGAUGGAGUUCUCGGAGCUGGAGAGCGACUCGGAGGAGAAGCCCACGGCCAAGCCGCGCCGGCCGCAGGACAAGUCCCAGGGCUACCCGCGCAGCGAGUGCUUCCGGGUGGAGAAGAACCUGCUGGUGUACGGGUGGGGGCGAUGGAGCGACAUCCUGGCGCACGGGCGCUUCAAGCGGCCGCUGAAGGAGCAGGACGUGGAGACCAUCUGCAGGGCGCUGCUGGUCUACUGCCUGCACCACUACAAGGGCGACGAGAACAUCAAGAGCUUCAUCUGGGACCUGAUCACCCCCACCGAGGACGGGCAGACCCGCGCCCUGCUCAACCACUCCGGCCUGUCUGCUCCCGUGCCCCGGGGCCGCAAAGGGAAGAAGGUGAAGACCCAGGCGGCUCAGCCCUACAUGCACCAGGCCGACUGGCUGGCCAGCUACAACCCUGACGUCCUGCUGCAGGAGGACAGCUACAAGAAGCACCUGAAGCACCACUGCAACAAAGUCCUGCUGCGGGUCCGCAUGCUGUACUAUCUCCGGCAGGAAGUCAUCGGCGACCAGGCGGACAGGAUCUUAGAGGGCACCGAUUCAAGCGAGGUGGACGUCUGGAUCCCGCAGCCCUUCCACGCCGAGCUGCCCGCCGACUGGUGGGACCGCGAGGCCGACAAGUGCCUGCUGAUGGGCGUCUUCAAGCACGGCUACGAGAAGUACAACUCCAUGCGAGCCGACCCGUGCCUCAGCUUCCUGGAGCGCGUGGGCAUGCCCGACGCCAAGGCCAUGGCCGCCGAGCAGAGGGGGGCCGACAUGAUGGCGGACGGCGCCGAGGGGGCGGAUUUCGACCGCGAGGACGAGGACCCGGAGUACAAGCCGGCGCGGAUGCCCUUUAAGGACGAGAUUGACGAGUUCGCAGACUCGCCCCUGGACGAUAAGGAGGAGCCCAUGGACGCGGAGAACUCGGCCAAGCCCGGUGAAAGCCAGGAGCAGGGCAAGCUGUACUGGCCCGGCAGCUCGGCGCUCACCACCAGGCUGCGGCGGCUGAUCACGGCCUACCAGCGCAGCUACAAGCGGGAGCAGCUGCGGCAGGAGGCCAUGAACAAGAUCGACCGCCGCCGGCGCCGGCCCCGCGAGGAGGUGCGCGCCAUGGUGGCCGAGCGCGAGGCCAUCAUCACCGAGCGCCGCCAGAAGUGGACCAGGAGGGAGGAGGCGGACUUCUACCGCGUGGUGUCCACCUUCGGCGUCAUGUACGACGCCCGCAAGCAGCGCUUCGACUGGAACCAGUUCCGCGCCUUCGCCCGGCUCGACAAGAAGACGGACGAGAGCCUGGAGAAGUACUUCUUCUCCUUCGUGGCCAUGUGCAAGAGGGUCUGCCGCAUGCCCAUCAAGGCCGACGAGGAGCCCCCGGACCCCAGCAUCCCGAUCGAGCCAAUCACGGAGGAGCGGGCCUCGCGCACGCUGUACCGCAUCGAGCUGCUGCGGCGCAUCCGCGAGCAGGUGCUGCCGCACGCCGAGCUGGACGAGCGGCUCAAGCUGUGCCAGCCCGGCCCCGACCUGCCCGAGUGGUGGGAGUGCGGCCGGCACGACCGCGACCUGCUGCUGGGCGCCUCCAAGCACGGCGUCAGCCGCACCGACUACCACAUCCUCAACGACCCCGAGCUGGCCUUCCUGGAGGCGCACAGGAAGUUCGCCCAGAACAAGAGCGGCGGCGGCGGCGUGGGCCUGAUGCCCGGCCAGUUCUACUCCGGCCAGGGCCUCAACCCCGCCCAAGCCCCCAGCCCCGCCCCCAAGAAGGAGCAGGAGCAGGACCAGGACCCGCCUUACUUUAAGGCCGAGGAGCCGGGGUCCCCGGAGGAGAAGAAGCCAGAGGCCGACUCUCCCAAGACGGAGCUGAAGAAAGAGGAGGAGGAGGAUAAGGAGAAGGAGGAGGAGGAGAGGAAAGAGGAGGCCCAGGUGAAGGAGGAGCCCAGCAACGGAGAGGAGCCGAUGGAAGAGGAGGCCGCGGCUCCCAAACCAGAGGAAGGGGAGGGCGAUGGGGAAGGCGAUGGCGAUGGGGAAGGGGAGGCGACGCCCGCCAAAGCCCAGCCGGAGAAAGAGGAGCCAGAGGCGCAGGAGAGCGCGGAGGGCCCGGCCGGGUCCGAGCCCAAAUCGCUGUCAGAGAAAGGCUCCGAGGAGGAGGACGAGGACAAGCUGGACGAAGACGAUAAAUCUGAGGAAUCCUCACACGCCGGAGUCGGCGCGGCCUCCCGGGGGAAGCACUUCGACGAGGAGAGCAACGCGUCCCUGAGCACGGCCCGCGACGAGACCCGCGACGGCUUCUACGCCGAGGACGGCGAACCCUCGGCGGCACACAUGCUGCACGAGAGAUCCUACUCCUACUCCUUCUGGCCCAAGGACAGGGUGAUGAUCAAUCGCAUGGAUAACAUCUGCGAGGCGGUGGUCAAGGGGAAGUGGCCGGUGAACAGACGUCAGCUGUUUGACUUCCCGGGCCUGUUGCCUGGAUACACUCCCACCGCCAUGGACAGCCCUCUGCAGAGGCGGAGCUUCGCCGAGCUCUCCAUGCUGGGCCAGGCCAGCUACAGCGGGAGCGAGGACGUCACCCUCUCGCCCCAGAUGGCCAAGGACGAGGCGCUCAGCAUGGCGGCCCCGCGGCAGCGGCGGCGCCGGCGGAGGAAGGUGGAGAUCGAGGCGGAGCGGGCGGCCAAGCGCAGGAACCUGAUGGAGAUGGUGGCCCAGCUGCGGGAGUCGCACGCCUCGGACGGCCUGGACCGCGCCGUGGACCUGACCAAGGCCCUGCGGGGGGCCGCCGCCGCCGCCGCCGCCCCUACCUCAAACCUCUCCCCCAAGUUCCUCUUGCCCAACACCUCCACCCCCACUGCCGAUGCCUUUAAAACUCAGAUGGAGCUGCUGCAGGCCGGCCUCUCAGGGACCCCCACCCGGCACAUGAUGAACGGCUCCUUCCUGGAGGGCGACGUGCCCAUGAAGAGGAGGCGGGGCCGCAGGAAAAAUGUGGAGGGGCUGGACCUGCUCUUCAUGGGCAGCAAGAGGGCAGCGCUAAACGCCGAGGAUUCCGAAGUGACCAAAGCUUUCGCAGACGGGGUGCGCGUGCCGCCUCAGCCGCAGAGAAACAUUCCAUCCCCCGAGCAGCUGGACCCCAACGCCCACGUCCCCGUCAUCAACCUGGAGGACGGCACCCGGCUGGUGGGGGAGGACGCUCCCACCAACAAGGACUUGAUGGAGUGGCUGAACCAGCACCCUACCUACACUGUCGAUAUACCCAGUUAUGUACCAAAGAACGAGGACCAUCUCCUCUCACCGUUUCAGAAGCCGAAGCAGAAGAGGCACCGCUGCCGCAACCCCAACAAGAUCGACAUCAACACCCUGACCGGGGAGGAGAGGGUGCCCGUGGUCAACCGCAGAAACGGCAAAAAGAUGGGAGGAGCCAUGGCCCCUCCAAUGAAGGACUUGCCAAGGUGGCUUGAAGAAAAUCCAGAGUUUGCAAUAUCUCCUGACUGGACGGAGAUCGUCAAGCAGUCGGGCUUCCUCCCCGAGUCCAUGUUUGACCGUCUCCUGACGGGGCCGGUGGUGAGAGAGGAGGGAGCCAGUCGCAGAGGGAGGAGACCAAAGAGCGAGAUCGCCAAGGCGGCGGCCCAGGCUGCGGCGGCGGCGGCCGCCGCCUCGUCCUCGGGCAUCAACCCCCUGCUGAUGAGCAGCCUGUUCGGGGGCAUGGACCUGGCCAGCCUGCACAACCUGCAGAACCUGCAGAGCCUGCAGCUGGCCGGGCUCAUGGGCUUUCCCCCGGGCCUGGCGGCGGCGGGGGCCGACGCCAAGCACGCCUCGGCCAUGCUGCCCCUGAUGCUGCCCGGCAUGGCCGGCCUGCCCAACAUGUUCGGCCUCAGCGGCCUGUUCAACAACAACCUGGCGGCCGCCGCCGCCGCCGCCUCGGUGGGCAGCAGCGCCGCCGCCGCCGCCGCCGCCGGCCAGGGGGAGCCCGAGGAAGGCUCCGCCUCCAAGGAGGACAAGAAGGAGGAGGACGGGGAGGACAAGGAGCUGGAGAAGCCCGGCGAGGCGGGGGCAGAGGCCAACGGCGAGGCCUCGCUCAGCUCUGCCGCCGCCGCGGCCGCCGCCGCCGGCAUGUCCGCCAACCCGCUGGCCUUCAACCCCUUCCUCCUGUCCACCAUGGCCCCCGGCCUCUUCUACCCCUCCAUGUUCCUCCCCCCCGGCCUGAGCGGCCUGGCCCUGCCCGGCUUCCCCCAGGCCACGCUAGCGGGACUGCAGAGCGCCAUGGCGGGGGCCGGCGCGGGGGCCGCCGCCGCCGGCGACGACAAGGACGCCGGCGGCGGCAAAGAGCCGGCCGCGGCCAAGGCCAAGGCGGAGGACCGGGAGAACACGGCGGACGACAGCGACACGGACGAGAGCCAGAACAAGACUGCGGAGUCCUCGCUGCUGGAGGACGAGCUGGGACCAGCCGAGGAGCUGGACUCCCUGGACGGGGCGGAGGACGCCGAAGAGGCGGAGGACAACGACGAGUAGCCCGGCCUCCUCCCCCCCCCCCCCCACUGCUUUCAAGAAGUGUUUUAAACUUUUUGACGAGAAAAUGGUUAGCCCUACUGUUUACAUGCCAGUUUAAUAUCCAAACAUUUAGAUUUUGGCUUUUGUUUUUGUUUUUGUUUUUUUGUUUUUUCUUUAAUUUUCGUUUUUUUGAUUAUUCCCCCUUUCGUUUUCGUUUUCAAAGGCAAAAUGAAAUGGAAAACAAGAAGCUGUCUAACAUAGUGUAGCAAAAACAAAAAAAAAAAAAGAAAGAAAAAAGUCAUGUUACAUGGAUGUCAAAAUGUUUUUUGGUCCUUGAGUAUUGUGCAGUGCAUUAUUUAUUAUCCUAGGAGAGGUUAUGAAAUUUCAAAACUUCAUCUGAAAAUCUUUUAGGAACGAAUUGCUCCGAUAGUGCUCUGCUUUUUUUCUUCCCCCCCCCCCCUCAUUUUUUCCCCGCCCCUCUACGAUUGAUGUUGUGUUUGACGAGCAGCAAAACUUUGAAAUCCAGUGGCACGCGAUCGCUGCUGAAAAAGGAUUAAUGAAGAUGUAUAUUUAACUUUUUUCUAUGGGUUCUUUUGUACCGUUUUGUUUUUUUGUUUUGUUUUUUUUUUGCUGUGAAGAUCAGGAUGAAAUUCAUACAUAUCAUGCCUCCAGACUCCCGACUGUUCCGAGUUUCACACGCUGACAAUCUAAGCAGAGGUGUGAAGGACUCCGCCUGAGGAGACAGCAAUAACUAAGGCAGCUGUUGAAUGUUAGAUUAUUCUCAGAAUACCACACCAGGAGGGUGACCGCAAGAUAAAGACAAGAAAAAAACGUACUACAGUCAAUUUGUCUCUUGAUACUCUUGUUCAUGCACUGGUAUAAACUUAAAAAGAAAUCAGGUACAUUUCUCUAAUGAAAGGACGUUUGUUACUUUAGCCACAAAGCUGAACAGCAUUACCUCAAUUCUAAACUAGCCUUGAAGUUUACAGACAUGACUUUGUAAAUGUUUUUUCUUAUUUUCUUUUUUUGUGAUGUCUUGUUUUUGUUUUUUGUUUUUGUUUCGUUUAAUUUUUUUCGUUUUUUGGAAACCAUGUAUGAUAAAAAUGUAAAUUGCUGCCAACUGUAGUAAUGACGCUUUUAAUAAAAGUGACCCACGAUAUUCAUCUAGGAAACCAAAUCAGAAUGUUACGUGGUCUUUUCUGUAGGUUUCUGUCCUUAGAACACACUAGGCUGGCAGUCGAGCUUGUUUAGAUGAAGGUGAGGCCGGUUAUGUGGUUGCCUCACCCGCAGGCAGAAGUACAGCUGUAUGGGUUGAUAAUAGUUGGCAGAAUCCUUCCCCCCUCCCCCAUAAGAACUCAGCUGAUGGAUUGGAUAACUGGCUCCAGACACCUGAAAUGCAGCGGUUUGAAGUGGCCGCUCAGACCACUUUAACUGCUGCCAUUACUUCUCUGAGCAGGACGAUGUGUCCAACCAUCCAUUGUAUGUUGUCUAUUUAAUUUCCUCUAUUUUCCAAUAAAAGCUCUAAAACAA